CCGCUCUUGAAAAUCUAGCAUUAGAUAUCGAAAAAGAAAACGUAAAUAGUGAGGUUUGGGUUUGUCUUAAUAGUAUUCAUUUUUAUUUUCAGCUUGUUAAAAAUAAUUAUCAAAAAAUGGAAGCAAGUAAAAUUAUUGCAGAUGCAGCAGGAAAAGGUGUGUAUCAUGCUAGGUACAUUCGUUCUUGGGUGCAUGAAUACGUUAUAGCACGUCAGAUUCCUUAUUCUCACCGUGGGCAUCACACUAAAACAUGGAGCUUUCUUUGGGAUGAAGAUAUUCUUUUUCAAAUAAAAUCAUAUGUUCAAGAAAAUAAGUGGAAUAUUACACCAUAUAUGAUUAUGUCGCAAAUAAAUAAGGUUCUUUUACCAGGGCUCGGAUUUGCACCACCUCCAACAAUUUCUCUCAAUACUGCUAAAAAUUAUUUAAAGGAGCUUGGGUACAUCUAUGAAAGAGUAAAAAAAGAUGUUUAUAUAGAUAGACAUGAGAAAGAAGAUGUAGUAGCUUAUCGAGAGAUAUUUUUGCAGCGAAUAAGUGAACUUGAGUAUAGAAUGCCUAUAUUUUUAGGAGAUAACAUAGAA